GUCGGGCGGCUGAUGCAUCCGAUCUCGACUGAGGCGCCGGUAAAAUGGGAAGCACCACGGUCUCCCGAUCCAUGUGACGUUUAUAAGCGGUGAUUACACUAGAUGGAGGUCCCUUGCAUAUUGGACGCAAACUUCCCGGACCCUUCGCCUGUAUCAUGUCGGAUGAACCCGCCGUUACCGGGGCCUGGCGGCCGGCCAAGUCUCAGUCCCUCCGGUCCGUUACCUUACCCAUCGACAACUGCAACGGGGAAUUCUGGGGACCCGCGGAGACGGCAACGCGGCAAAUCGGGAACAGGGAACAGAUAGCUAUAUAUACCUGGCCUUGAAAGGCUCCAUUUUCCUUGCCGGUUCAGGUUCACUCCUUGGGCUCUCGGUUUCUCUGCUCGUUGUUCUGCCUGCUUCCCGACACCCGGUUGCGUGAAUUUGUUUAGGUGCUGGCUUUGUCACUGGCUCGGCACCUCCGAUCAGAAUUUCCCCAAAAUGGCGAACCCUCCCCAUGGCGGCGUGCUCAAAGACCUGCUCGCUCGAGACCUGCCUCGCCAGGCCGAGCUUGCGGCCGAAGCAGAAACCCUCCCGGCGCUUGUCCUCACCGAACGCCAGCUCUGCGACCUCGAGUUGCUUCUCAAUGGCGGUUUCUCCCCUCUCGAAGGUUUCAUGAAUGAACAAGAUUACAAUGGGGUUGUCAAGGAGAACCGCCUCGCCAGCGGCCUGCUCUUCAGCAUGCCCAUCACGCUGGAUGUGGCUCAGGAGACCAUCGACGAGCUUUCGCUCAAGGCCGGCGCCAGGAUAACGCUGCGGGAUUUCCGCGACGACCGCAAUCUCGCCAUCCUCACCGUCGAGGACGUUUACAAGCCCGACAAGGCGGUGGAAGCCAAGGAAGUGUUUGGCGGUGACGAGGAUCACCCAGCGGUCCGGUACCUCUUCAACACCGCCAAGGAUUUCUACGUGGGCGGCAAGCUGGAGGCGGUCAACAAGCUGCAGCACUAUGACUUCGUCGAGCUGCGAUACACCCCUGCCGAACUUCGUGCCCACUUCGACAAGCUCGGCUGGACCAAGGUAGUCGCGUUUCAGACCCGGAACCCGAUGCACCGCGCUCACAGAGAGCUGACGGUCCGUGCUGCCCGGUCACACCACGCCAACGUCCUCAUCCACCCGGUCGUCGGCCUGACGAAGCCCGGCGACAUCGACCACUUCACCCGUGUCCGCGUAUACAAGGCUCUCCUGCCCAGAUAUCCCAACGGCAUGGCUGUGCUCGGCCUGCUGCCCCUGGCCAUGCGCAUGGGUGGCCCUCGCGAGGCCAUCUGGCACGCCAUCAUCCGCAAGAACCACGGCGCCACACACUUCAUUGUCGGCCGUGACCACGCCGGUCCGGGCAAGAACAGCAAGGGCGUCGACUUCUACGGCCCCUACGACGCGCAGCACGCGGUCGAGAAGUACCGCGACGAGCUCGGUAUCGAGGUGGUCCCCUUCCAAAUGAUGACGUACCUGCCCGACAGAGACGAGUACGCCCCCGUCGACCAGAUCCCCCCGGGCGUCCGGACACUGAACAUUUCCGGCACGGAGCUGCGUGCGCGGUUGCGGAGCGGCCGCGAGAUCCCCGAAUGGUUCUCGUAUCCCGAGGUGGUCAAGGUCCUGAGGGAAUCGCACCCGCCGAGGUCAAAGCAGGGCUUCACCGUCUUCCUGACGGGCUACAUGAACAGCGGGAAGGACCAGAUCGCGAGAGCCCUCCAGGUCACGCUGAACCAGCAGGGCGGUCGCUCCGUCUCGAUGCUGCUGGGCGAAACCGUUCGGCACGAGCUGUCCUCGGAGCUCGGCUUCAGCCGCGAGGACCGCGACAAGAACAUCGCUCGCAUCGCUUUCGUCGCGUCGGAACUGACGAGGUCUGGCGCUGCCGUCAUCGCCGCGCCGAUUGCCCCCUUUGAGCAGGCGAGACAGCACGCUCGCGAGCUCGUCGAGAAGUACGGCGACUUCUACCUGGUCCACGUCGCGACGCCGCUCGAGUACUGCGAGAAGACGGACAAGCGGGGGAUCUACCGGAAGGCUCGCGCGGGAGAGAUCAAGGGCUUCACCGGCGUCGAUGAUCCGUAUGAGCCGCCCGUCAAGCCGGACCUCGUGGUUGACUGCGAGAAGCAAUCGGUGAGGUCCAUUGUGCACCAGAUCGUCCUCCUGCUCGAGGGCCAGGGCCUCUUGGAUCGGUUUUAAGCGGGGACGGGCGAGUGCAUGGCAGCGUGAACAACACCUCAGUGCUAUUUCCCUUUGCGGGGACUCGGGGGUUAACGGUCGAUGCUUUGAGGACUCUUGCAACUUUCCAACAAAGAAUACAGUCGUGGGGGCGCGGAGUCUGGUUUGUUUCCGGGUUGAUAGAGUCGGCGAGCGGCAUCCUACAUCUAAAGUUCUAAAUAGAUGGGCGCCUUUUACACGAUAGUCAAAAGGUCUAAAAUAGAUGGUCGCGUUACAUCGAGCCAAUGUACCCGUAGUGUCACCAAGCACUGCACUCUGCGAAGUGAGGCACACCACACCCCAACCAAGGACCGGGUCUCAGGCUGGCGGUAGCAGAAUGCAAUGCCAUUGGGCGGCUG